AUGUCAGUAGCAGUUAAAGGUAUCUUCAUCGUAGGCGCCAAGCGCACGCCCUUUGGCACGUUCGGCGGCGUGUUCAAGAACACGCCUGCCACGGAGCUGCAGACUGCCGCCACGGUGGCAGCACUGAGGGAGGCCGGCGUGGCCCCUGGCCAAGUGGACAGCGUCGUGAUAGGCCAGGUCAUGUCGGCUUCGCAAGCUGACGGCAUCUACACGCCGAGGCACUCCUCCCUGAAGGCGGGGAUCCCGCAGGAGAAGCCGGCCUUGGGCAUCAACAGGCUGUGCGGUUCCGGGUUCCAGUCCAUCGUGAACAGCGCGCAGGACAUCCUCGUGGGGGCCGCCCGGGUGUCGCUGGCGGGGGGCGUGGAGAACAUGUCCCAGGCGCCGUUCGCCGUCCGCGGCGUCCGCUUCGGCACGGCCCUGGGCUCGUCGUACGCGUUCGAGGACACCCUGUGGGCGGGCCUGACCGACUCGUACUGCGGCCUGCCGAUGGGCAUGACGGCGGAGAAGCUCGGCGCCCAGUUCAAGGUCACCCGCGACGAGGUGGACGCCUUCGCGCUCGGGUCCCAGCAGCGCUGGAAGGCCGCGAACGACGCGGGCGUGUUCAAGGCCGAGAUCGAGCCGUUCACGGUGACCGUCAAGAGGAAGGAGGUGAGGGUGGAAGUGGACGAGCACCCCAGGCCGCAGACGACCCUGGAGGGCCUCAAGAAGCUGCCGCCCGUCUUCAAGAAGGAGGGCCUGGUCACCGCUGGAACGGCUUCGGGUAUAAGCGACGGCGCCGGCGCGCUGGUCCUCGCCAGCGAGGAGGCGGCCAAGAGUCUGAAGCCCCUGGCGCGGCUGGUGGGCUGGUCGUACGUGGGCGUGGACCCCAGCAUUAUGGGCAUCGGCCCGGUGCCCGCCAUCGAGAAUCUUCUCAAGGCCACCAACAUGACCCUAAACGACAUUGACCUUGUCGAGAUCAACGAGGCGUUCGUGGCCCAGACCCUCUCCUGCGCCAAAGCCCUGAAGCUGGACCUGGAGAAGCUGAACGUGAACGGGGGCGCCACCGCGCUGGGCCACCCCCUCGCCGCGUCCGGCUCCCGAAUCACGGCCCACCUCGUCCACGAACUGAGACGUCGCGGUUUGAAACGCGCCAUCGGCUCAGCGUGCAUCGGAGGGGGCCAAGGAAUCGCUCUCAUGGUCGAGGCAGUU